GUGCCAGUAAUCGCGGGAAAAACCAGCCGGGACACUUUAUAUGGGUGGAACGUAAAAGCUUUGUUCUUUUUUAUAGCUUCUGCCUUAUUGCUGCUCAACCAUACGGCGUAUCCCCCAGUGCAAGAAAUUACGGACAUUUGCUUCUCACAGACUCAACAAUAACCAUGCUGCAAGUGCAUUACACACUGACGGUCGCACUUGUCAUAGUGUGUCACACUUCAGUAGCGAAGGAGUCUGCUGGCGCUGCUCACGUUCGUGCGGACACACUAAAGACUGAGGAAACAGGAGGCCUUCAGCACAUCAACGUUAACGUCGUAAGUUCCGACGCACAAACCAUGACAUCGAAGCAGAUGCAAAAUAUCGUGGCAGAAAAGCAGCCAGUAUUGGACGCUAAUCAAGCAGCUAGUGACAGUUCUUUGCCUGUCCAGCGUACGGGAACGGUUUCCGCUGAUAUGCUGGCCCAGGUAGUACUCGACCUUACGAACACCGUUAAAGUGUUGUCGCAAAGCAUACAACGCCUGUCGGACGACGUCAAAGAACAGAGGACAGAAAUUUUACAACGCAUCGAUACGUUUAAGACAGAGAACAUGCGAGGUUUAAGCAAGAUCGAGUCGGUUCCUGGGCAUCUUCAAGAUCUUUCGUUGCGCCUUAUUAGAUUGGAAAAGGAAUCCACGGAUAAACUAGUCGCAAUAAAAGCAGCCGUAACAGCUCCCAGUAAACUGUUCAGGCAAGACAUUCAGAAUAGUGACCCCAGUUUGAAAAUGUAUGGUCGAGACCACAACCAAAGGAAAGCCAAACUGAGAGCAGAGCUGCAGCACUACACAGAUUCUUCAUUCCAUAUGAAGACGUCACAAAAUAUGUCGACCGAGGUAGCGAAUAGCGUUUCUAGAGCGGUUGCUGGCUCACUUGAAGAUCUUAGCCGAAAGCUUGAGCUGUCCGAAAAGCAAAACAUUGGCAGGUUCACCAGAAUGGAGGCAGUUGCUGAGCAGCUUCGUGAUGACUCAAAGUUCAUCAGGCAUUCCAGCAACUUCGUAACUGAAACGUGUAAGAAAAUAGAACCAUUGGUGCACGAGCAAAGGGCACACAUUGCAGAACUGAGAAGAGAAAUGAAUGGGACUCUGGAACACCUGCAAAGAUCCAAUUUAAAUGAGACGUGCGCAUCGUUUUCAUCGUUUUCGUCUUCAGCGUUUUCACAUAUUCAAGAAAGUGUGUACCCGCUGGUCUUUUCGGCCAUGGCCACUCUGACGAAAAUUCAAAGCGAAAUUCCAGAAGAAAUUCGAAACCUGAAACGUGAUAUCGGUGCUGUUUCAACUACCAUCAAGAACAUUGCUGGGAACGCCUUAACUAGGCUGGAACAAGUAGAAUCUCUCGUUGGGAAGGUAAAGACUACAAUAGAAGGACCUACCGAGAGGCUGAGCACAGUGAGAUCAGCCUACCCCACUGUGUUUUUCCACGUACAAAAUAUCACAGAACACAUUGCGAAGUCAAAAGCGUCUAGAAAAGAUUCGGGUCUGGAUAGUAGCAUCUGGAGCGAAAAGUUUGUCAUCGGUGGUUACACAGCUGCACUCGAGCUCGGUGUCUCCGUUCGUAAACACAAUGUAUGGAUAGGUGCUUACUUACAUCUUUGCUCUGGCUCAAGGGACUCGCUUCUGCACUGGCCAUUCAGAUCUAAUUAUACCGUCUCCGUUAUCCAUUCGAGGGACCCAACGAAAGACAUACACAGAGUAGUGUCAAGGAAUAAGCUUAAUCGGUGUCCGAACGCCGUGAAGAGGCCGGACGAAGAGUGCAACAAGGGUUGUGGCUACAACAGGAUCGUCACGCACGAAGCUGCUAAUACGGACGGCCAUCUCUUUAACGACGCCAUCACAAUUGGAGUAACUCUUCACCCUGAAGCUACAGCAACUGCAAAAGCCGAGUCAUAAACAUUUUAGCGAAAAUUUGGCCUGAAAUUUUCCCGUUUAUUUUACGAUCUCCAGUCUUCACAUACAUUUAAUUGAAUAAAGUCGUUACAUAAUGGCGUA